GGACGGAAGCCGAUGUGGGGUGGGGAAGACCGAUGACGGCUUUGCGGAAACGUUUACGAGCCAUUUCGGGUUUUGGAAGCUUUUAGAGUCUGAAUUACCAGUUGGUGUUUUUAUAUACUCUGUGAUUUUUCGAGAGUCGAAGCUAGCUUUCAUCAAGAAGGUAGAUAGAAAGGCACGGCAUCUCGACAAGCUGAAGCCAUGUUCUACGAGCCGGGAAAGACGGACCAUGGGCUUCCUAAUGAUCCAUUCAAGGCCUGCGUAAUCCCGCGCCCCAUAGGAUGGAUAUCCACCCUCUCACCUACCGGCAUCGCCAACCUAGCCCCCUACUCCCAAUUUAACAACCUCACCUUCGAUCCACCCUAUGUCAUGUUCAGCGCCAAUCAAACGCCGUCAGCCGCCCAAAAGGACACCGUCAAGAACGUUGAAGCAACUGGCGUCUUCUGCUGGCAGCUGGCUACAUACGAUCUCCGCGAAGCUGUCAACGCGACCUCCGAACAACUACCCUCCGAAGUUGACGAAUUCGAGAAAGCGGGGCUGGAAAAGGAGGAUGCGAAGAUGAGCGAAGUGUUCGUGAAGGGCAAAGCAAGGAUGAAGGUACCAAUGGUGAAGCGGAGCCCAAUUAAGUUCGAGUGCACGCAUUACUCCACGCUGCGUCUGCCAGGGUACCCACCCAUGGGGGCUGUAGAUGUGGUAAUUGGGCGGGUGAUUGGGAUCCAUAUUGAUGAGGGCGUUUUGACGAAUGGAAGAAUUGACGUUAGGAAGACCGUCCCAAUUGCGCGAUGCGGUUACGCCGAGUAUGCUGCUGUGCAGGAGGUUUUCGAGAUGCGGCCUCCUGGGAGUGAUCCAAAUCGGAUGUACGGGCUAGAAGGGAGCAUCAAGGGGAAUAGGAAGAUGCAGGAGGAGAGGGGGGAGGAGAACGAUGCGGUUGGUGGCGCGGAGGCGGACAAUUGA